AUGGCCGCUGUCAAUCUCCAGCUUAUGGCCAACGUCCCCUUCGACCUCAUACCCAACCCUGGCUACCACUCCCGCUCAAACUCGGUCUCCUCCAACUCCUCCGCCAACUCCCCCGGCUCCCGCCCCACGUCUUCUCAGGGGGCUCUAUUGCGCACAUCGGCAAUGAUGCCGCCGUCCUCCGAAGACCUCUACCGCGCUUCUUUCCAUACCACCAACUCGUUCGCAGGUGAUCACACCCGCAACACCUCAGACGCGUCCCACUCCUCUGCCUACUCCCUCGGCUCAGACAUCAUCACCCCGGGCGAUUCCCCGCCGAACCACAACCUCUCCAACCCGUCCCUCAAGUCGCACCUGCGCCCCACGCACAUCCGCGCCCGCGUCGCGGCCUCACCCUAUCCCCGCGAUACCGAGAGCGUGCACUCGUCCUCGAGCGAGACGGAAGACAUCUCUCUUUACCUCGGUUCGACGGGUAACGACUACCUUCCGAUGUUUGGAGGGCAGCAUAUGAUGGGGCACGGCGAGGGCGUGCACUCCACCGGUGCGUUCGGUCGCAUGACACUCAGCCCUGACCACGCCCUGGAGAAGCUCGCUGCCAACGUACGGGCAGCGACGACAACGAGUGCGUCGGACCGGGCGAAGCAGAUAUUCGUGCAGGCAUGGUUAACCGCCAACUACGCCCCGUACCCGGACGGGAAUGUCCCUCGCCAAGGGUUAUACUUUUCGUACCGGCGAGUCUGCGACCAGUACGGUAUUCCACAUAUCAACACCGCCACGCUUGGAAAGGCCAUCAGGCUGUGUUUCCCCACUAUCAAAACGAGACGGCUGGGCGUUCGAGGGAACAGUAAAUAUCAUUAUUGCGGCAUCCGGCCAGCCACAUCGGCGGAGGCUGAGUUUAUGCAAGAUUACAUCCGCAAGUCGAACAACACCGCGGCGCAGGCGGCCGUCAAUGCUGCUCGCGCGUCGACUGAGGGAGUAGAGGGUCUGAACAGAGGUGAUUCAGAUGGAGAAGAUGAUGAAGAUUCAGAGCCCAGCUCGGGCCAGGUCUCCAAGCGGAACUCACUGCAGCUGGCGAACGGCGUGAAGAACCCGCAACUGUUCGCAGAUGAGAAGACGCCCACGGCGAGCAGCCUGCUCGCGAUGGCACAGGCCUCGCAGCGACCACCAACGAGCUCGUUCCCGCCACAAGCCUCGAUCCGGCGGCACGCCGGCCAACCCGAGCCGGCGCUCGGCGUUCCGUCACAGUCGCCUGUGGGCGAAGUGAGCAACCCGCUCACCCUUGUGGCGUCGACGUCGAUAUCGGUUCGACAGUUACCUCAGUUCCCCUCCAUCGAGGAGGCGGUCGGCGGGUCCUCGAACUCGCCGCACAGCAUCGCCGCAAGGGAGGUGUGGCGCUGGUUCCAAGAUCACCUCGACGCGCUGCUGGAGAGCGUUAGGGCGUAUCGUUUCGACCAGUUCGAGUUGCAUGUGCGGACGUUCUGGUCGAACCUGAAUGGGAGCCACAGAGAGAUUGUGCAUGCCCCCGCCGUAGCGGGCUUGAUGGCUAGGGCCGACGCGAUCGUCUACGAUGAAAUUCUGGAACAGCUGCGCUCCCAAAUGCUCUCGCUGAUCCCGGCGGCGUCCCUCGGUGGUCUGCGACAGCUUGCGAAUAAGAUGGAGAAGAUCCUUUUGGUGGCGUUGGAGGGCUAUGGGAACACGUUCGUCGAGCCCAAGGUUGAGCUUGGAGCGCGCUUCGGGCAUCUAGUUUUGCGCUUCCUAGACAUCUACCAAGUGACCCAAGCUUUGACCACCGUGCUCACGAACCCGAAGCAGGUAGCCGAGAUGCGGCGGUCGUGGAGCAAGGUUGACUUUGAGUCCGUCCGUAAUCAGUCCGCGCUAGUCUGCAACUGCCGGCAUGAGGACCUCGUACAUCUGCUGGAGGUUGAGUUCGUCUCACUCUUAGAUGGGCUUCUCAAGAGCAACAACCCGGUGCCUGACGUAAUGUCGUGGGCGGAUAAGUGUUGCGAGCGCUUAAUGGGUUCGAGAAGCGGCGAGCAGGAGCGGGGGACGAUGAGCUCAAGAAGUGUGCUGAUACGCUGGGGAUACGUGACCAGUCAGGUUAUGAGGGAUUUGACGAUUCGGAGUGACCCUGCGUUCGGCGCCUUCCAAAUCCUCAAGCUGUUCCUUGACGACUGGAUUGCUCUCAAUGUGCUUAGGAGCGUCGCCCUGUCGACGAACUCGGUGGCAGCCUCGGUCGAGCCCGUCAUGCAGCAGAACUUCUUCACCAUGUCCCCCGAGAUGGCUGGACAGGAGAACUUCGGGCAUCAUCUCGAGGCCCACCACCCUGUCAUGGCGCACACUCCGACGACGUCGAGCAUGCUCGCCGCGCUGCAGCAAGACAGUUUCGCGUCAGGCUCGCUCGACCCGUCCUCGAACACGUUCGGCGCAGACGCCUUCUCAUCACUGUCGUACAUGGACACCUCGUCGUCGCAUGACGACCCGAUGCCCGUCCACCCAUCCCUCUCGUUCCCCGACUAUGUGUCAGGCUCUGGCAGUUUCGACCCCGCAUACACUCCGGAGCACAUCGGUCUCCACAGCGCCUCAGCAACGCCCCCCUCCAGCAGCGACCCAGAGAACUCCCCGGAACCUGUGAAAACAGAGAAUCCCCUUUAA